ACUUAAACAAAAAUUUUAAAGAGUAAGUUGAAUUACAUUUUUGAGACUGCAUGAUUUGGAAGUAUGAAAAGGUUUAUGUGUGAUAUUAUGGAAUGUAAUUAAGAAUGAAAUUCUGUUUUCAAAAUUGACAAAAUUUCCUGAAAAUUGUAUGUUUGAGGGAUCCUAAAAAUAAAGAGAGUGGAGAAAAUUAUAUUUGAAUGGAAAUGAAAAUAAAAGUUAUGAAUAAGGGUUAAAAAUAAUAUGUAAUAAAUCAAAUUGUGAUUUUAGUAAAUUCCUAACCUAAUUGCUUUCAAAUUUGAAUCUAUUUACCAAUGAUUGACUUAUUUUUGAUGUUUUGAUCA